AGGGGCGCCUUUUACGACGCUUCAGUCGCUGCGCUUGGCGGCGGGCGCGGAGCGGAGCAAGCGCCGGUCGAGCGGCGGCUCCCGGGAGUCACAGGCGGGCGGCGGCGCCAUGUCGCACGGGCACAGCCACGGCGGGGGCGGCUGUCGCUGCGCCGCCGAACGCGAGGAGCCGCCCGAGCAGCGCGGCCUGGCCUACGGGCUGUACCUGCGCAUCGACCUGGAGCGGCUGCAGUGCCUGAACGAGAGCCGCGAGGGCAGCGGCCGUGGCGUCUUCAAGCCGUGGGAGGAGCGGACCGACCGCUCCAAGUUUGUUGAAAGUGACGCGGAUGAAGAGCUUCUGUUUAACAUUCCGUUUACGGGCAAUGUCAAGCUCAAAGGCAUCAUCAUCAUGGGAGAGGACGAUGACUCACACCCCUCGGAGAUGAGACUGUACAAGAACAUUCCCCAGAUGUCCUUUGAUGACACGGAGAGGGAGCCUGAUCAGACCUUCAGUCUGAACCGAGAUACUGCAGGAGAAUUAGAGUAUGCUACAAAGAUUUCCCGGUUUUCAAAUGUCUAUCAUCUCUCUAUUCAUAUUUCGAAAAACUUUGGAGCAGAUACCACGAAGAUCUUCUAUAUUGGCCUGAGAGGAGAGUGGACUGAGCUUCGCCGGCACGAGGUGACCAUCUGCAAUUAUGAAGCGUCAGCUAACCCAGCAGACCACCGGGUCCAUCAGGUCACCCCACAGACACACUUCAUCUCUUAAGGGCGGAUCCAGGCUCCCUCAGAUGCACUGUGAAGAUGUGCGACCACCUGCUGGGAAGGACUGAGGAGGCUCCAGCAAGAGCUGCCUGCCACAGCCUCCGCCAAGCUCUGUCUUGGGGUUGCUGCGGGAACCUGGCCUGUGGAAAGGGCCUCACCACCGGGAGCAGUGUGGGUGCCAAGGGCAGUGUUCUCUAAGGCACUACAGAAACGGGCUUAGGCUGGGUGCUAUCUGGCAGUCCUGAAUAACGUUUGCUUUUCCAGUCAGUGUGGCCAUGGGAUCCCAAGUGUCUUGUUGCUCAUGGCAGGUUUUUUGUGUGAUUUGUCCGUUUUAAAAAAAGCUUCCUGGGCCACAGGAAUUCUUUUGAAACCGAAGCUUUGUGUUUGUGUUAGCCAGCAGGAAGAUCUCCAGGUAGAAACACGUGUCCCUGCUCGCUCCUCCUCCCUGUCACUGCUCAGCAUUUGUGUCAUAUGUCAUGCACGAGUGUCCCGUGAUGGUGGCUGGAAAGGAACGCAUCUCUUGGCAAAUGACUGCUUGGGGGAGGUCUCUUCCAAGCAGGUGGGAGAGCAAGGCAUAGUUUCUGUGUGGGCGACCUGGAUGAGGUGAGACUGAGACUUACUAGAGAUCACCCUCGGGACUCCUUGGUGUUUACUUGCUUCUGCCUUGUGUUAUAAACUCAGUGCUCGAAUCUGGAGACCCUGGUUCUUCUGUUCAUGGCUUCUCUUCACUGUGACUAAUAAGCUUCUUAAUAAAUCCUUGCCAGACUUA